AUGAGUGUCUAUUUUGUACCUCGAGAAGUGAAACAUGAAUUAAAACAAAACUUGUCCACAAGUAGCUGUGGUAGUGGUGACCUGUCAGAUGAUAAACUUUUAUUGUUGUACAAUAUAUUCGGAGAUUUAGUCAUAAAAGCGUUAACUAUUGUGGAGUGUGGUUCAAUUACCAUUGAACGAUCGAAAUCUCAACAUCAAGUAUUCAGAGUUGAAUCAAGUUCAGGUGAAUUAAACUACUGUUCAAGUUAUACACGUUAUUGUCGUUGUUUUAAUACAAUGCAAAAGUAUUUAGAUCCAUUUUAUGAAUUAUGGUGUCAGCAUACUUUGGCUAUAUUUUUAGCUGAAAUAAUGGGGAAGACAAGAGUUGUUCAUUUGAAUGAUGAAACGUUUUGUCGUUCUUUAGAGGCGUUAUUCGGUGGAGGUAUGUGUGGUGUUAAUACUGCCGUAAAAGAUGCUAAAUGAAAUCAGAAAUAUUUUCAAAGUUAUUUUCAUGAAUUGUUUGUAAAAUAAUUGGAAUAAACUGUAUUUAAACAUUUUCA